AGGCGGAUGUAUCUUUAGUUGCGAAUUUUCACGUAGUCGCGAAAAACUUUUGUCGUGUAUACGUUGUUUAGUGCUUCCCCUAAAACAACUUAAAAUAGUAGCACAGUUAAAAGUUUUAUUUAGGUCACCAAUGCGGUUUGAAGCGUGACCUUCAGCGACACUAUGAGCCAAUGGUUGCUCAUCCUCACCAUUAUUUUCAUCAAUGUCAAAGAUAUAUCAGGAAGCUGGGAAGAAUGGUGGACCUAUGAUGGCAUAUCAGGUCCUGGCUUCUGGGGUCUAAUCAAUCCCCAAUGGAGUAUGUGCAACAAGGGAAGACGACAGAGCCCAAUCAAUAUAGAACCAGACAAGUUGUUGUUUGAUCCUUGGCUUCGAGAUGUGCAGUUUGACAAACAUAAGGUCAGCGGCGUGCUUCAAAACACGGGACAGUCUCUGGUAUUCCGCGUAGAGAAGGACUCAAAACACCAAGUGAACAUCAGUGGAGGUCCGCUGUCAUAUCGAUACCAGUUUGAGGAAAUCUACUUUCACUAUGGCUUGGAAGACAACAGAGGAUCCGAACAUCAAAUUGACCAUCAUACAUUUCCGGGAGAGAUUCAACUGUAUGGUUUCAACAAGGAACUAUACCAUAACAUGUCCGAAGCACAACAUAAAUCACAAGGAGUCGUUGGAAUUUCACUAAUGGUUCAGAUUGGAGAACCGACUAACAAGGAACUCAGAAUAAUAACAAGCGCCUUCAAUAAAGUAAUGUUCAGAGGUAGUUCAUACCCAAUCAGAAACCUGCCGCUUAGCACUCUAUUGCCCAACACCCAACAGUACCUCACAUAUGAGGGGUCAACCACUCACCCCGGAUGCUGGGAGACGGCUGUGUGGAUCAUAUUUAAUAAACCUAUUUAUAUAUCAAAGCAGGAGAUGUACGCAAUCCGUCGUCUGAUGCAAGGAUCACAGCUAACACCCAAAGCGCCACUCGGCAACAAUGCCCGCCCAGUACAGUCUUUACACCAUCGUACUGUCAGAACUAAUAUUAACUUCAACAAACAAGGACUGCCGGCAUCAAGUAACUGUCCGGAUAUGUACCGCAAUAUGCAUUAUACAGCACGAUAUUCCCGCAAGGCACGAACGAAAAAGAGUGUUGCAUGCAAAAGAAAGAUGUUUUCAAAGAAAACAUGUCACAAAAAAUAGCUACUCAAUGGCCUCGCGAGCACAGCAUGCGAUACCGCAGCACAGAAGAUUUAGCAAUGCUAUCAAUGAUUAAUUAGAAUGUUAGCAUAAUAAUUAAAUAUUUGUAAAAUCAACAAUAGUGACUCAAACAAUAAAUUAUUUUUAAUUUUGCAUUUAA